AUGGGCAAAGUAGCUACAGCGGAAGUCCUACGGUUCAUGACUGACUGCUUGAAGGCAGCUGGUGCAGCAUCGAAAGCAGCGGAACAGCAAGCCGAGCUGCUUAUCCAAGCCGAUCGUAUGGGCCACCCGAGCCAUGGUCUCAAUAGAUUAGAAAUGUAUAUCAAUGACAUCUUAUCCGGAGCGUGUCACCCAAAUAAUGAGCCAAAGGUACUGAAAGAAAAUGCGUCUACUGCAUGGGUGGAUGCCAGCAAUGUGUUGGGUGCCACAGCCAGUCAUUUUGCUAUGGACAUCGCCAUCAAGAAAGCCAAAGAAACUGGCGUUGGAUGGGUCACUGUCAAAGGAUCAAAUCAUAAUGGCAUGGCCGGUUUUUGGGCCCAAAAAGCAGCUGAUAAGGGACUUAUAGGAAUGGCGUUUACGAAUACAUCACCUCUGCUAGCGCCUACAAGAAGUAAACAGUCUGCUCUUGGAACGAAUCCGUUAUCAGUGGUAGCACCAGCGUCUCAAGGUGAAUCGUUCUACUUAGAUAUGGCUACUACAGCAGUCGCUGUUGGCAAAAUAGAGAUGCAACGUCGUAAAGGUGAGCCUAUACCACACGGCUGGGCGCAAGGUCCUGACGGCAGGGAGACCACUGAUGCUGAACUGGCAUUCAAAACCAGCUGCUUGAUGCCGCUGGGAGGAGGCGAGAAAACUUCGGGAUAUAAAGGAUUUGGUCUGUCUGCUAUGGUGGAGUUGUUCUGUGGAAUUUCAUCUGGAUCCAAUUACGGCCACCAUGUCCGCUCGUGGUCCCACAGCGGUGCCGGUGGUCCAGCCAACCUGGGCCACUGCUUCAUCGCCGUCAACCCGGAAUGCUUUGCGCCCGGUUUCGGCGACCGCCUCACCGACAGCAUACAGCAUUGGAGGCAACUCGAACCGACUGACCCCAACUUACCUGUAUUGGCUCCCGGUGACAAAGAAAAGAAAGCUGCUAAAGAAACAAUGGAGCGGGGGACGGUAUCCUAUGUCAAACAACAGAUUGAUUCCAGCGCCGCUCUAGCGGAGAGAUUAAAAGUCAAACCUAUGGAAGUCAUAGAAAACUGA